UGGGCAGAGGAGGAAGGAAGCACCCCCAGCCUACCUCCCUGGACAGAGACCCCAGAAGCCAGAAAUGAACUUGGGAAUGGGACUGCCAGCAGUUAGGAGAGGGUCCUGCUGGGAGCCAGCAGCCGCAUGCCGGGGUCCCCAACUGGCUCCAGCGCCGCCAGAGGCCUCCAAUUGCUCAUUCAGACAAGGUGACCCUCAUGGCUGAGUGAGCCUCCCCUGGGCCCAGCACCCAGCCCAGCAUGGUCCAGGACUGUGGCGGACGCUCCAGAGCACAACUGCCGACCUCACCCUUGGGGGCAGCCAUGACCCAGCCUCCCCCCGCCAAAGCACCAGCCAAGAAGCAUGUUCGGCUGCAGGAGAGGCGGGGCUCCAACGUGGCUCUGAUGCUGGACGUGCGCUCGCUGGGGACCGUGGAGCCCAUCUGCUCAGUGAACACACCCCGGGAGGUCACCCUACACUUUCUACGCACAGCUGGACACCCCCUCACCCGCUGGGCCCUGCAGCACCAGCCACCCAGCCCCAAGCAGCUGGAAGAGGAAUUCUUGAAGAUCCCCUCAAAUUUUAUCAACUCCGAAGACCUGGACAUCCCCGGCCAUGCCUCCAAGGACCGGUACAAGACCAUCUUGCCAAAUCCCCAGAGUCGGGUCUGUCUUGGUCGGGCACAGAGCCAAGAGGACGGAGACUACAUCAAUGCCAACUACAUCCGAGGCUAUGAUGGGCAGGAGAAGGUCUACAUUGCCACCCAGGGCCCCAUGCCCAACACCGUGUCGGACUUCUGGGAGAUGGUGUGGCAGGAGGAUGUGUCACUCAUCAUCAUGCUCACUCAGCUCCGAGAGGGCAAGGAGAAAUGUGUCCACUACUGGCCAACAGAAGAGGAAACCUAUGGGCCCUUCCAGAUUCGAAUUCAAGAGGUGAAGGAGCGCGCAGAAUACACGGUGCGGCAGCUCACCAUCCAGCACCAGCAGGAGUGCAGGGCCGUGAAGCACGUGCUCUUCUCAGCGUGGCCUGACCACCAGACCCCAGAGUCAGCUGGGCCCCUGCUGCGCCUGGUGGCUGAGGUGGAGGAGAGCCCAGAGACAGCUGUCAACUCCGGGCCCAUUGUGGUGCACUGCAGUGCAGGGAUUGGCCGCACUGGCUGCUUCAUCGCCACCCGGAUCGGCUGUCAGCAGCUGAAAGCCCGUGGGGAAGUGGACAUCCUGGGCAUCGUGUGCCAACUGCGACUGGACAGGGGGGGGAUGAUCCAGACCUCGGAGCAGUACCAGUUCCUGCACCACACCUUGGCCCUGUACGCGGCCCAGCUGCCAGAGGAGCCCGGCCCCUAACCCCUCCCACCCUCCACCAAGUGCCAACUUCCCCUCAGGUCUGGGAACAUGGGUCUGGGCCAAGUGGGUUUUGUGAUCUGGGGUCCCCAUGGGCAUGGGGGUACCCCUCAGUGAGAGCCAUCACAAGAAGCUGCACCUGCCAGAUCAGGGCCAAAUUCAGGUCACCAUCAGCCACCCCUCUGCUCCUGCUAGUCACCUCAGAUGAACACUGGGGGGACCUCCCACAUCCCUCCAGACUUAAAAAGGGGAGCUGGCACUUACAACAGGUCUGAGAAAGACCCACGUGUCCCAGUCUCUCUCAAAUGCUCUGUGAGUUCCAGCCUCCCAUCUAUGACACAGACAUUAGCUACAACAGAAGUUCCUAGAAGUUGUUCCAACAGUACCCUCUUCUGAGGCUGGCAAGAGAGUGAUCCCAAAGUCAUCCACUUGCAGGCCCUGCCCAAGCACAGGCCAGAUGCUAAAGCUGGUCUUCACCUUGGCCAAGUUCUCAACACUCUGCAGUGACUCACUGCUUCCUCACCCCACAUUUUUGAGGGUUGCAUACCCCUCAUAGAGACCAAGGACCAGACUACCCCUGUGCCCACACAUGUGCUGGGGAUAAGCUACAGAGCUGACAAGGCCAGGAAGUUAAAAUCUGCAGGAGAGGGAAACGUGAGGACCCCCCAAAGGUCCAAAGAGUGGGUCCCACCUUCAUAAUUGCCAGCCACUCACCCUGGCUACUUCAUAGGGAGGCCCCACAUCAUCUGUCCUGCUUCCUGAAGACAUCCUGGAUAUCCUGAAUUUUUGAAGAGAGGAAAAUCAAAUCUACCUUUGAAAAGAGAUCGAACUGAUUUUAAAUAGCCAGUCCCCAUCUCUGCCCUCCAGCCCUCCAUUUGCAGAGUAUGCCCAGAGACUUUGGGGCUUUCCAAAACAAUCUGGGCUAAAACACUCCAUACAGACCCAGGGACUCAGACUGAAUUGGGACCCUCGCAGUCUACCCAGCUAACUCAGCUCAAACACCCUGGCAUCCUCACAAGUUCCAGGGCACCCCAGAUCUCUCUCAGGGCCAACUCCCACACUGCAGAAAGACAUCAGGUCCUUGAAUCCAAGGUAGAAGGCACCAUCUCUCCUGGAACUCAGCCAGGGGUCCAUCUUUGCUGAUGCCAAGGAGGAAACCCCCAAGAAACUGGACCUUGGAGAACAGCUGGGCCUUCUCAUUCAUCACCUCUGCUGAAGACCUACAGCCUUGACACUGAGAUCAAUUUUCUUCUUGCUUCUGCUUGGCCUUACUGAGAAAUGCUCCUUCCUUCCAGCUCUGGGAAUGGGCUCACCUGUACCUGCACCUUUCCUAACCUGUAGGAGAGGCAACCACUGUUGUGCCUGGAAGCUGGGCGGAGAGCUCUCAAGUGCCUGUCUGCCCUGAGCUCAGAGCCAGCCAGGAGGGGAGAGGCGGCUUGGGCUUGAGGGUUCCCCUCCCUGGCACUGCUGCCCCAAUCCUGGUCCAGAACUUAGAGGAUACAAGGUCUGGAGAAGUAACCAAAUGGGAGAAUAAAGACUUCUUCAUCUUCUCUGGCCUCUGGGGCCUCUUUCUAGAAAUAGUUCUGUAGAGUAGGAACAGGCUGCAGCUCUCCAUCCUGGAUAUGAGCUUUUCCUGCACUGCUAGGGACACGCAGAACAAAGAGAUACCAGAAGCCAUUUAGGAAAUGGGGAAGAAGGGAAACUUAGGAGCUGCAGAGGGAUUUAUAAAGGGCAGAGAACUAGAAAGACAACACAAAAUAACCCAAAAUAGUGUGCAGUGUCAAGAUUUUAUGACCCCUCCACUUUGGUUACUGCUUAAUCAUUUGGGAUCGUGAUAUGGUUGAUAUUAACAGUUUAUGCAUCUUUUAAAAAAGAUUUAUUUAUUUAUGCAUGCACGCAUGCAUACAAGAGCUGGGGUACAGGCCAGAGGUGUGAGAGGAUUCACCAGAGACAGAGCGGGGAACAGAGCAGGCAGACUGACUAAAAUACACUGCUGAGGGGAGCAGUGGGCCAGACAGGAGAGGUCUGCUGCACAAUGUGGGUAUCUCCCUGGUUGGGGAUCAAACUUGAGCUGCAGAGGCUGCUGAUUGCUUCAUAGGUUGCGUCUUAACCCCUUGCGCCACCAGGGAGGUCAGUUUAUGCAUCUUGACUAAAAU